UCCGCUCCGUCAGAGCAGACACAGCCAUGAGCCAGCCCAGCUCCCCGUCCUCCAGACCCGAGCUGAACCUCCGGCCGUCCCCCUGACACACAGCACGACACCAUGAAGAGGCAAAACGUGAGGACCCUCGCCCUCAUCAUCUGCACUUUCACCUAUCUGAUCGUCGGAGCCGCGAUUUUCGACGCGUUGGAAUCCCAGAAGGAGACGACCCAAAGGAGGGAGAUGGACCUCCGGAAAGGGGAGCUGCUCAGGACCUUCAACUUAACCCAUGAGGACUUUGACGAACUGGAGAAGGUGGUGCUGCAGCUGAAGCCGCACAAAGCCGGGGUGCAGUGGAAAUUCGCCGGCUCCUUUUACUUCGCCAUCACUGUGAUCACCACCAUAGGAUAUGGCCAUGCAGCCCCUAGCACAGAUGGAGGGAAGGUGUUCUGCAUGCUCUACGCCCUCCUGGGUAUCCCUCUCACCUUGGUAAUGUUUCAGAGUGUGGGUGAGCGGAUCAACACCUUCGUCAGGUACCUGCUCCACCGACUGAAAAAGUGCAUCGGCAUGACCCACACCGAGGUCUCCAUGGUCAACAUGGUGACCAUCGGGUUCAUAUCCUGCAUGAGUACGUUAUGCGUGGGAGCGCUGGCCUUCUCGCACUUUGAAGGCUGGAGUUUUUUUCAUGCCUACUACUACUGCUUCAUCACUCUCACCACCAUUGGCUUCGGGGACUAUGUGGCCCUGCAGAGCGAGCACGCUUUGCAGACCAAACCGGAGUACGUUGCCUUCAGCUUCAUUUACAUCCUGACGGGUCUGGCUGUGAUCGGAGCCUUCCUCAACUUAGCAGUGCUACGGUUCAUGACCAUGAACGCCGAAGACGAGAAACGAGACGCCGAACAGAGGGCUCUACUGGCUCAUAACGGUCAGGCGGGCGGACACAUCCAUUGCUCCGCAGUCCCGGCUUCCAGCUCUUCCACGCCAACUGGAUGCGGUGGCGGGAGCGCAAUCGCCGGGAGCGGGGGAGGAGCGGCGAGUCGAGGUCUACGAAACGUUUACGCCGAGGUGCUCCACUUCCAGUCCAUGUGCUCCUGCCUUUGGUACAAGAGUCGAGAGAAGCUGCAAUACUCCAUCCCCAUGAUCAUCCCACGUGACCUCUCAACCUCAGACACCUACAUGGAACAGGGGGAGGCUUUUUCCAACCCCCUCCACUCCAACGGCUGUGUGUGCUGUCUGCAGCGCCACUCAGGCAUCAGCUCUGUGUCCACUGGUCUGCACAGCAUCAACACUUACAGAAGACUCAAUAAACGCAGAAGCUCCAUAUAAAGACCUGGAGGAUUUCGUGCUUUUAGUCUCACUUGUGUCUGCCACGUGGAGAGGAGGGGCCGCCUCGCUGUGGUAGAUGAGCUAUAGACAUCAGGGGAACAUAAAGACACUCAACCCUUCUGAUGUUUACUUUUUCCUGGCACAGACGAACCUGUCUCUGCGCUGUGUUGCAGCCUUCAGACUCUAGCCAUGUAUUUGAAGUCCUUUAGCUAAGCACAAACAAUUUAGGACUAACAUCAUUACCGAUGUCAAUAAGUAAUAAUGCUAAUGGGGCUUAAGGAGCAUUAAUUACAUAGACUUUAAACAGUUGCAU